CAGGCUGCGUGGGGCUUGGAGAUGGAGGAGAGGGGCUGCCACGUUUGGAAAGAAAGGACAUGGGAAGGAAAGCCCUGGAUGGGGACUCGGUGCUGUCACGGGCCGGACGCCGAUCUGAGUGUGCUCAGCAGCCUGAUGACAGGACUCAGAGUGGCCAAUCUUGCUUAGUCACAGGUGAAACGAGUGUUAAGGGUCUUCCUACCUAGAAUUCGGCUAGUCAAGGAAAGAGUAAUAUUCCAGAAUUAAAAUUUGUUGCAGGAGUGCAAGUAUUGCGUUACUCAAGAAAUUCAAUGUAUACAGUAAGUUAACACGUGGGGAAAAUCAUAUGCUCACUUCAGUAGCAACAAUUCAGUAGCAACAAAAGGUUAGUAAAAGCAUUUUUAUUCUAAUAAAGCAUCUGCAGGGGAAUAGAAAUCUCUCAUUCUCUUCAUAACCAACGAAAAUGUUAAGGUAAUUGUGUUACUUAAAAAAAACAACAGCACAAACAAACCUGUUGGCUUGGCUGUGAUGAAAGGGUACUGUUAAGUUAGUGGUGUGAUUUGGUGUGGUCCUUUUAGGAAGCAAUUUGACAGUACAUGUCAAUCAUAAAUUCCUUCAACCAGUAAUUCCUCUAUUCUGUUUGCACAGAAAAAUCUUAGCAUUAAUUAUUACUAAGAAAAUAAGUGGAAACAAUCAAAACUCCUUUUGCUGAAGCAAUGGUUCAUAAAUUAGGGAUGGUUAAGUAAAUUAUCGCUAUAAUUGAGAGUACUAUGCCAGAAUGAGAUAGCUCUGAAUGUACUUACAUUAAAACGUCUAUCUGAGACUACUAGACUAUUGUGAAAUAUAGAAAUUGAGUUCAAAAAACAAUACAGGUUGCUGAACAGUAUACAUAUAUGAUCUAAUGUGUUGUGGAAAAAUAAACAGUAAGUGUGAAGGUGUAUAUAGUGUAUGGCAGUACAGAGAAAAGAUUAAGUAGACUGAUCACUAAUUUGUGUGUGUGUGUGUAUAUUUAAUUCUGUGUAUUUCUGUAUUGAUCCUUUUUCAAUGGGAAUGAUAACACCCUAGGUUAUUGUGUAGCUACUAAAAAUGAUAAGUGUGAAGAAUGGCAACAUGAAAAAAAUCUUCUUUAUCUUAAGACUAAUACUUAGUCUCAGGGGACAUUUGGAAGAAAUGGAAAAUAUAACAAGCAAAAAGAACCUCAAAACUACCUGUAAUCACAUCACCCGGCGAUAACCACUCCUAAUAUGUUGGUGUCUAGGCUCCCAGGUUUUUCUUGAGAUUAUUAUUCUAUUAUUCUAUUAUCAUUCUAUUAUUUACCUUUGGCACUAAAAUUUUUGUGUUGUCAUGUCCCUUCUUAAAAAAAAAAAAAUACACAGAAAAACCCCAUGGUGACCAUUGUGAAAAUAUGAAUCCUCAUAGUUAAAAACAAAAAGUUUAACUUCUCAUAAUUGUCAAUGUGGUUGGAAGUUUUCUCUUAAAAGAAAUAUAUCCUAUCAUACACAGUGGUUACCUCUUUGGAGGUGAACCAGGGAUGAUUUUUCUUAAUCAUUUUUUGUAUUUUUCAAGUCUUUACAAUAAAAAUGUAUCAACUUUAUAAUCAGAAAAAAAUCAAUAGACAUUAUAUAAAGCUGUUUGCAGUGUAAUUAUCAUGGGGACAAAUUACCUGUUUACAGUCCAACCCCUUCCAUCCUAUGUGUGAGGAGUAGAGCAGACCUUGUGCUGCAGUGGCCCCUGUCUAGGCACUGGUGAAAUGGGCCAGUGGGCUUGGUAGCAGCCAGGCAAACAUCUGCUUGAUGCUAACAACGUUUUCUGCUUUCUCAGUAGACGGUACUCAUCCUGGCCCUGGGAGGAAACUCAAGAAGAUACUGUUGAAAUUAAAGAUUAGAUGGGGCUUGACCUCUGCUGGGCAGCCCUCAGCUGCAGGAGUUCUGCUAAGCAGAGAAGAUGACUGCAGAUUUGAGAGAGGCCAUGGCCCUGGCCCCUUGGGGCGCAGUGACAGUGAAAAAGGAGGAGGAAGAAGAGGAAAGCUUCCUAGGUCAGGCAUCCAGCCAACAAGUGCAUUCUGAGGACAUCAAAGCCGGGGUUCCUGGAGAGGAUCCCUGGGAAGGCCUUGACGGGGCAGAGCAGGAGGAAAAGGGGCAGAGUAUGUUCUGGGACAUGGCGGUAGUCCUGAAAGCCACGCAGGAGGUGCCUGCUGCUUCAACCCUCAGCAGCUGCUCGUUAUCAGGGAGUCUGGCCGAGAGCGAGACACUGGAGACUCAUGGGAGCAUGACCUCCCCAGGUACUGAGACCAAGAACCCACAAUUAUUGGUUCCCAAAACUGAAAUAUGUGAUGAAGCAGAAAAAGCCUUCACGAUAUCAGGAAGGAUCCAGAAAGUUGACUCUCAAGGACCUGAGUUCGAAGAAGCCUUCGAAAAAGGGAACAUGUUAAAGGGGCAGAGAAUAAAGAGGGAAAAGAAAGACUUCAGGCAAGUGACAGUGAAGGACUGUCACGUACCUGGAAACUUCAAAGAAGAAGAAGACCAGAAAUGUCAGAAAUCUGGGGAAAGAUACAACCGUAGUUCUGGCCCUGUUAAAAACCAGAAAAGCCAGCCUGGGCAGAAACCUUUUACUUGUAGUGUGUGUGGGAAAGGCUUUAGUCAGAGUGCUAACCUCGUGGUGCAUCAGCGGAUCCACACUGGGGAGAAACCUUUUGAGUGUCACGAGUGUGGGAAGGCCUUCAUUCAGAGUGCCAACCUUGUUGUGCAUCAGCGAAUCCACACUGGACAGAAACCCUAUGUUUGUUCCAAAUGUGGGAAAGCCUUCACUCAGAGUUCAAACCUGACUGUCCAUCAAAAAAUCCACUCCUUAGAAAAAACCUUCAAGUGCAGUGAAUGUGAGAAAGCCUUCAGUUACAGCUCACAACUUGCUCGGCACCAGAAAGUCCACAUUACAGAAAAAUGCUAUGAAUGUAAUGAGUGUGGGAAAACAUUUACUCGGAGCUCCAACCUCAUUGUCCACCAGAGGAUCCACACCGGGGAGAAGCCCUUUGCCUGUAAUGACUGUGGCAAAGCCUUCACCCAGAGUGCCAAUCUUAUUGUGCAUCAGCGAAGCCAUACGGGUGAGAAGCCAUAUGAGUGUAAAGAGUGUGGAAAGGCCUUCAGCUGUUUUUCACACCUGAUCGUGCACCAGAGAAUCCACACUGCAGAGAAACCUUAUGACUGCAGCGAGUGUGGAAAAGCCUUCAGUCAGCUCUCCUGCCUUAUCGUGCACCAGAGGAUUCACAGUGGCGAUCUUCCUUACGUGUGUAAUGAGUGCGGGAAGGCCUUCACCUGCAGCUCGUACCUGCUCAUUCAUCAGAGAAUCCAUAAUGGGGAAAAACCUUACACAUGCAAUGAGUGUGGCAAGGCCUUCAGGCAGCGGUCGAGCCUCACUGUGCACCAGAGAACCCACACGGGGGAGAAGCCCUAUGAGUGUGAGAAGUGUGGUGCCGCCUUCAUUUCCAACUCCCACCUCAUGCGACACCACAGAACCCACCUCGUUGAGUAACGUAAAGGAAGAGGAAGAUCUCCAGGCAUUGAUCAUACCUGCUACCCCCCUAAUUAGACACCACUGCUGUGUUCCUCCUUUGUAAAAAUGAGGCCUGCUACGGUCUUAAAGAUAAUAGUUUUCAGGAGUGCAGCACAAAACACAAGCAUUUCAGAGGCUGACUUAAAGAAAAUGAAAGCUAAGCCCCUAAAGGCUGGGACUUUGUUUUUAACUGUCCCCUAAGAUGUGGUGGUGUCGGAAAUAGAAUGUGGCUUUCUUAGAAAUGGGUCAUACAAAGCUAAAUGGUGAAGAUUCCACUUGGGGAAAGGUAUUUUUAAACUAAAUUUGUUUUUUUUUAAACUGGUAAUUUCUUGAGCAACAGGCAGUUUAUUGGUAUAGGUCUGCCUGGUGGAAUUCUGGCGCUUUGAACCUUGUAUCAUAGCAUUUGGGGUUAAGCAGUGACUAGUUAAGGAAACCACUUGGGGUAGCAAUUCACCAACAACCCACCUAUGAAUAUUUAUAAGCUUUCCAUUCCCUAGGUAAUUAAAAAUAUAUUUUUUAAACCUACUAACUGUCUACUGCUCCUCAGAUGGACAGAAGUAGGAAAAUGGCUGUUUCCCUCGUUCUAUACCUCAUGAACCUUGGAUGGGAAAGCUCUGGUGAGUCUCUUCUGACCCUUCCCGAGUCUGCAUGGCCGAGCACUUGAGGUUUGAUGGAGAUUACACACGGGCCACAGAUGCUGCUGGGCUGUACUCAUUUGCUAAGAUGAACAGCUCUCCAAAGAACCCACAGCUCCCACUGCAUUCCAUUUCAGUGAGCUGCUCUUGACGGCCCCAUCCCAGGUAGGGGAGUCAAAGAACAAGCUGGCCUAGAGCCUGCCCAUGUUUCCUCUGCUCACUGCUCAGGCCCAGCCAACUGGCUCAGUCAGUGUCCUUCUCACUUUCUCUGUGGUCUUUAGAAGAAAAAAUGGAGCCCUUCUAAUUCUGAGAGGGCCAAAGAGGGAAAGGGAAGGAGAGGGAGGGUCAGAGUGGAAUUCCUAAGGUCUUGAUUUUUUGGGAGAAGUUCAAAGGUAUUGGAAUAUGAAAACUUGGAAGGAUGAAGAAACUGGCUAAGGUAAGGUACCUUUGUUACCACUGAGCCUUUACUCCUGGAAAAUUAUUUAUAAAACUAUGCAAUAACUAGAGUUAUGUAAUAUUGCCUUGUAUUUAUAUAGAAUUUUAUUCUUUGUGUACCUUCAUGUAUAACAUGAACCCAGCACUUAUCUCAUGUUUUUACAUAGAUCAUUACCUUAAUCCUUACAACACUGAAAGAGGGGUUUGCCCCAUUUACCUGUGAGUGGUCAUUUAAAGCAAGGCCACGUAACAAGUGACAAAUGUUCAAAUCUAAGACCUAAAUCCAGAUUCUCUUUGUUCUGCCACGCUGUUUGUCCAACCACCUGUAAUCCCCACCCAGAUCUGUGGAGAACCUGAGAAAGGGGUGUGUAGUCUAUUUUUAGGUAGGGAUGGUGACAGAUUUCAGGGUGUGCCUUAGGCAGUGUGACCAGUAGCAAAUCCGAUUGGAAUUUAAGUCUCCUGAUUUCUGGGUCUGUCCACCACCACCCUUCUCAGCAUGUAAGAGCAUUUAUAAAUGCUGCACCUAGUAGUAAGCAGUUUGGUGCAUACAUUUAUUGUCUCAUUUCUGCAAGACUGAAUGUUAAUCAACAUGGGGCUUUGUUUAUAGGGCACUUUCAUAUACAGGAGACAUAUGCAAGAAAGCUUAUUCAGCUCCUCUUUUUCUCCCUUCCAACAUAGUCUCAUCAAAGCACAUGCAACUUCCUUUCCCAGUGCCACUCUAAGUCAUAUGGACACAAACACAAGAAAUCAGUAGGAUUUAAAAGUAAGAAUAAAAAAUGCUCACUGAUCCUGAUCGUGGCUUCUGUGUUCCCCUGUCUGGGGGUGGAGAGACCCAGCGUUAACACCACAUGUCUCUGCUGACCACGAUCAGGAAGCUGAAAAGGAGGAGAGCAAGUGUGAAGUUUUGGGAUAAGUCUCUGACCUUGAAGAUAGCACAAGAGGCCAAUGGUGUACUUUCCUGGAAGAUAGCACCUUGAAUUUUUAAGCAUUAAGACAGGUAAACUGUUUUAGCUUCACAUUGUAUAUUCAUCCUCAUAAUUGAAUACUCAGUCAUGGAUGAUUAUAAUUUCCUGGCUUAAGAUUUCCAUUCAUAGGUGUUUCAGAAAGCCACCCAGGUGGUUGGCAUAUAAAGCUAGGUUUGGGAAUUGGUGACCAAACCUUGCAGUAAAGCAGUAGUUUUCAGCCUUGGCUACAUGUCAGAAUCACUUAGGGCUCUUUAAAAAUUUUUCUGUUUCCCAGGCCUCGUAUUUUGAAAUCUCUGAAGGGGAUCCAUUGUGCAACCAAGGUAAUGAGCCACUGCAGUCAAGUGAAGCCUGCAGGCCAAGGUGUGUGUAAUCCAAUGCGGUGGGAGGCGGGGAUGGAAGAUCUGGAGAUGCAGUGUUCUAAGUGGUUUCAGCAAAACCAUUGGCUGCCCUCGGGUCCUUCUAUUAACCCUUGUUAAGAUUCUGUGACCUAACUUACUUUAUUUGUAUUUUAAGUGAAUGUAUCAAGUAUUUAUAUGAGCAGACUAGGUUUUACAUGUGUUUCUGUUCCUCAUUUAUCAACAUGACCUUUUAGAUUUCUGCUUGUAUUUCAUCUCCAGAUCUGAGACUUCACAGACCUGCACCCAGGUUCAGAACCCCCAAUCCUGCACAAAUCAUGUUAACCUAGUGGAUUGAGUACUAGACAGGUACUCUUCCCCAACUAAUAACUCUUCCUCCCAAUUCAAUUCCAAUCCUAAAAUAAAUUACCUCCCGCUUUUUUCUGUACAGUUUGGUGGGCGAGGAGUGACUAUCCUCAUUGGCAGAACUGGCUUCCGUUUGGGGUUUUCUCCAUUUUCCUUUGGCUGGCUAGAAGUGGAUGAGAGCUUUGAAGCCUCAUUUUCUUUGUAUUAAGAGCUGUCAGACUUGUAGUUGUCAAAGAGCCAGGCUUAGUGAUGGGCAUUAAGGGUGGAGCAGGGAAACCUGUCCUCAUUCUUAAAUGAGACCAACAGAUGUGGAUUAAGUGGAGCGCGGUGAUGUGAAAGUGAUAAUGCGAUUGGAUGUACUUUGGGAGUGUAGGGGAGAGACUUGAUCAACACACGCAUACGCAAACACAGUUGGCUGUGAAUUUCUCCAGGCUCAGGAAGAAGUGUGCUUGGGCAAAGCUAAUCCUUCCUCUGUGAUCUGGAGCCCAUCUCUUCCUGCCGAGGCAGGUGUCCUCCCAUGUCUGUCGCUUCUCCACUUGCUCCAUCCAGUGUGCCUGACCUUUCUGAGGUCACGGCCCCUUUGGGACUCUGAUGGAGGUUGUGGAUCCUCUUCUGGAGACAUGCAGAUGGCACAUUCAGUUUUGUGCUCACUUCAGGGACAUUUAGGCUCCCUGAGGCCAAUCCAUGGAUACUCUAGAACAGUGGUUCUCAACCUGCGGGUCGCGACCCCUUUGGUGGUCGAAUGACCCUUUCACAGGGGUCGCCUAAGACCAACCUGCAUAU